AUGGAUGAGGCAACAGAGCUGCAGAUGGGUGGGAACUCUCUCCUGAAGGCAGUGUGGCUUGGCCGGCUCCGGCUGACCAGGCUCCUGCUGGAAGGGGGGGCUUACAUCAACGAGAGCAAUGAGAAAGGGGAGACUGCCCUCAUGGUGGCCUGUAUCACUAAACAUGUUGACCAGCAGAGCAUUAACAAAGCCAAGAUGGUGAAGUACCUGCUGGACAACAGAGCUGACCCUAACAUCCAGGACAAGUCUGGGAAAACAGCCCUCAUGCACGCCUGCAUCCAAGGUGCUGGGGAAGAUGUGGUCUCCUUGCUGCUGGAGAAUGGGGCAGACCCCAGCCUAGAGGACCACUCUGGAGCAUCAGCUCUGGUCCAUGCCAUCAAUGCUGAUGACAAGGAUGUGCUGCAGCAUCUCUUGAAUGCCUGCAAAGCGAAAGGGAAAGAGGUGAUCAUUAUCACCAUGGAUAAAUCAGCCUCUGGCACCAAGACUGCUAAGCAGUACUUGAAUGUUCCCCCAUCAUUGGAGUUCAAGGAGAAGCCACCUGCUGAGGCUUGCACAACACCUUCCGACAUCAACCUGAAAACACCUGUCUCAGCACCUUCCCCUGCUGAGGAGGAAAAUAGCAUCUUUGACUCACACCCAGCACAUCCCAGGGACAGCCACUCUGCCAAGGCUCCCAACGAGCCACCCUCUCCCAGCCAGAAAACCUGCAAUCCCAAGAGAGCCCGCUUGCCACAGCUGAAGCGGCUGCAGUCAGAACCGUGGGGUCUUAUUGCGCCCUCAGUGCUGGCUGCUUCCACAAACCAUGAUGAUGCUAAGCGGGUCUGCACAGACGAUGAAGUAAUCAUGGGCAUCAGUGACCUGUCCUUUUCCAAAAAGGCUUCUGUAGCUAGGACCAACAGCAGCAAGAACAAAGAUCCAUCUCUCUUCCCCCUGGUAGAUGAGCAGGCUCUGAAGACACCAUCAGUCUCUGGGUCAGUCACAAGGAAAACAGUUUAUGAGAAGAGUCAGGCUGCCCAUCAGCGCUUACCCCGAAGAAGCACAGUUCCUGUAGAGUCAGAAAGCAUCAGCUCCUCCACUGUGGGCUCAGCAGUGGCAAUGGACACGCUGCACUGGAGAAGGCUGGCCACCGACUACCAUGAUUCCAACUCACAGCUUUCCUGCAGCUCCAGCACUGGUCCAGUCGAUGCAGGGAAGGUGCCUUUGGAGAGGAGGAAGCUCAACGGUUCCCAUCUGGCUUUGUCCAAUGGCUCACGAGAGUCCCUGGACAGCAUCACCAGCACAUCUCCCGGGACAGUCCGGCGCCGACCGCCCAACCUGCUAGAAAGGCGAGGAUCUGGGACCCUUCUGCUAGAUCACAUCUCUCACACAAGACCAGGAUAUCUGCCACCUCUGAAUGUGAACCCCAACCCCCCAAUCCCUGACAUUGGCUCUAACACCAAAAAUUCCUCUCCACUCACUGCUGGCUUAAAAUCCUUGGUACCCAUUGCUCCUAGCUCACCCAAAAGAGGUGACUUCAGAACCAAAAAGAAGCUCCUCCGGAGACACUCCAUGCAAGUGGAGCAGAUGAGGCAGCUCUCUGAUUUUGAGGAAAUAGUGGCUCUGUAG